AAGACCAUUAAAUUCGCCGUGGAAAAGCAAACAGCGUUAGAUAUCAUAUAACGGCACCAUUCCACAAAUCAACCUUCAAACUCUAAGCUCACUUUGCGUUAAGGACAGUUGUUCAAUUCAGAAGCAGCAGAAGCCAAAUCAAACUCCAACCAACAUUGACAUGAUCAUCACCAAACACAACCCAACCAUGUAGAAAAUCCCAAGCAUAUUCAAAUAUACGUGCUAAGGGGAAUGGGGGAUUAUUUGACUAGUGAUGAUGAUUAUUAUCAAGGUUAUGAGGAUUACGAUGAUGACGAUGAAGAUUCUGUAAAUGGGUUUGUUGACACUGAGAUACUGGCAGCCAAAGAUAGUCGUCCGCCUACGAUGGUGAUCUCUAAAGAUUCUCUAUUGGCUGCACAGAGGGAGGACAUUUAUAGACUAAUGGACUUGCUAUCAUUGGAGGAGCACCAGGCACGGUGCUUACUCAUUCAUCAUCGCUGGGAUGUUGAUAAGGUGCUUCAGUUACUCAUAGAAGAUGGGAAAGAUAAACUGUAUGCUGAAGCUGGCGUGACAAUCGUAGAUCAUUAUGGCAUUAUCUUCCCCCAGUUAUCAUCUGUGGUGGAGUGCAAUGUUUGCUUUGAUAAUAUUUCUCCCAGUGAGGUCACUACCAUGGACUGUGGUCACUUGUUUUGCAACAGCUGUUGGACUCAUCAUUUUAUUGUGAAGAUAAAUGAGGGCCAGAGUAGACGCAUUAGGUGCAUGGCACCCAAGUGCAACACUGUCUGUAAUGAUGUGAAAAUCAGACAUUUAGUUAGCAUGCACAAUUCAAAUCUUGUAGAGAAAUUUGAUCGCUUUCUUUUUGAGUCAUAUGUUGAGGACAACAGAAGAGUUAAAUGGUGCCCUAGUGUUCCCCAUUGCGGAAAUGCAAUACGAGUUCAGGAUGAUGAACCUUGUGAGGUUGAAUGUGCAUGUGGUGAACACUUUUGUUUUAGUUGCUUGUCUGAAGCACACUCGCCUUGUUCAUGCAAAAUGUGGGAGCUCUGGUCCAAGAAAUGCCAGGAUGAAUCAGAGACUGUUAAUUGGAUUGCAGUCCAUACAAAGCCUUGCCCAAAAUGUCACAAGCCAGUUGAAAAGAAUGGAGGAUGCAACCUAGUCUGCUGUGUCUGUGGACAAGCAUUUUGUUGGCUCUGUGGUGUUGCUACUGGUAGAGAGCAUACCUGGACAACAAUAGCUUACCACAGUUGUGGGCGAUACAAAGAAGACUAUUUGAAGAAAACUGGGCGUGCAAAAAAGAAUCUGGCGCGCUAUGUUCACUACCAUAACAGAUACAAGGCACAUUUAGAUUCUCUUAAGCUCGAAUCUGACCUUAGGGAAUUCAUGAAGGAAAAAAUUUUAAUACUGGAAGAGAGGCAAUCAAAAUAUAAAGAUUUCACAUGGAUAAUGAAUGGAGUAGACAUACUCUUCAGAUCAAGGCGGAUUCUUUCAGCUACUUAUCCAUUUGCAUAUUACAUGUUUGGUGAUGAGUUACUCAAAGAUGAAAUGCUGGAUGAGGAAAAGGAAAUUGCAAAGAAUUUGUUUGAGAACCAGCAGCAGCAGUUUGAGGGGAAUGUUGAGAAGCUCUCCUUGUUUCUUGGAGAAGAAUUUGAUUUGUAUGAUGAUAAUAAAAUUUUGGAUUUGAGAAUGAGGAUAAUUGCUGUUUCAGUGUCUACCGACAAUCUCUGCCGAAAUUUGUACGAUCAUAUUGAGAAUGACUUAUUGGGCUCUCUAGGGUGGUCGGAUCAUAGGAUAGCUCCUUACAAGUCGAGAGGUGUGCUUAGAAGUUCCUGACUUUCAGAGCACUGAAGAACAUUAGCUGCAACGCUACGGCGUCAAAAGUUUUGUCAGGAUUUUGUUGAUGCUGAUAUUGGAGAUUUCAUGACCUACUUAUCAUUUACAUCUUCAUAGAGUGAUCAACACCCAGCUUCUAGGUGUUCAGUGGAUUAGGCUACUCAUCAUUAGCUUAAUUGUGGCUUUCUGUCUGGCCGCAUCCUAUUUCUGUAGGAAUGUCUUCCUUCUCUGUCAUCAACUCUCUUUUAGCAAAUAUUGUUGAAAUAUUUAACAGUGUAUAUAUAUAUAUAUAUACACACACACACAUAUCAAGGAAUAAACUUUAUUUUCUUAA